UAUUUAAAUGCCGUUACGACGGUUACGUGGGGAGGCACUUAUCUGAAAAUAGACUGAUGAUCACAAGUAAAUGUUGUUAUUAAUAACUUAAGUGGCCCGUAACAGUGGGAUAUUAAUUGUUCGAUUGCUGAUACCAUAUUGGAGCGAACAAUAUUAUAGGUCAAAUUGAAGAGGCAAUAAAAAAAACUCAUUCAGUCAAUGUGAUACAUUUUCGAGAAUUUCUGUGAGCUCCGUGAAGUUGGAAGAGCCUUGGAAUUAUUAUCCAAACUACAGUGGAUGGCCAAAUGAAACAGAAUUUCCCUGUGAUAGAAUAACAGACAUGCACCUGUAUGAAAAAGUUGUCCUACCUAUUUUGUAUAUCUUGGUGCUUCUCGUGGGUUUGACAGGGAAUGGCCUGAUGCUGGCUGUCCUGCUCAGUAGCGGCAGGGGCAGCAUACGCAUCACGGAAGUUUACCUGAUGCACCUGGCUCUGGCCGACCUGCUCCUUCUCUGCACUUUACCCUUCAUCCUGAUUUCCAACAUCCACGGUUGGAUUUUUGGGAGCUUCUUAUGCAAAAUGCACCACGUCUUCAGAGACCUCAGCUGUCACUGUGGGAGUGUCCUGCUGGCCUGCAUCAGCUUCGACCGCUACAUCGCCAUCGUACACGCUGUGCAGCACCUGGGCAAUCGACGCCCUUUGAGCGUUCACCGGAUCUGCGCCGUGGUCUGGCUGGUCUGUUUGGCUUUCUCUCUACCCAACACGGUGUUCCACUGUGUCGAGGAAGAAAUUCCUAACUCCACUUUCCUGAUGUGUGGAUUGUUUGGCUCCGACGGGCACACCAGCAACUGGCUCUUUGCAACCCGCUUCAUUGCCCACUUGUGUUUCUUCCUGCCUUUGGUAGUCAUGACCUAUUGCUACUCAGCAGUUGUGUUCACGCUGUGCCAAAGGGGGACCAGCCGGGAGAAGCAAGGGGCAAUUCGUCUCGCCAUGAUCAUCACCGUCAUUUUCCUCUUUUGCUGGCUUCCUUACAACAUAUCCCUGCUAAUGGAGAGUCUCACCAUUUGGAAUAUUACAGAGUUGCGCUGUGAGAAUCUGAAACUGCUCGACAAGGUUGUCGUGGUAUCAGAGAGCUUCGGCUACAUGCACAGCUGCCUUAACCCGAUUCUCUACGCCUUCCUGGCAGUCAAAUUUCGCCGGGACCUCUUGCGUAUGCUGAGUCGCUCGCCCUGGCUGAAACGCCACCUGGAAGCGGACAGGAUAAGUUCGCUGUUCACGUCGGCGAGAGGAACCACCACAAGCAGCAGCUACGUCUGAUACCAAAGGCUGUCUUUCAUCUUCUGUCCACCCAAGAUGGGUCCAGCUGAACAUCGACGAACAGCGAGUGAAGCUACUUCCAGUCAGCCUGAAAGAGCCUGAACGAGCUUGAACAAGUGAACAAGUGUGGAAUUUUAGCCCAUAUUACACAAAUCAUGUAUAUAUUGUACAUUCUCAGGUUUGUUUUUCUUUUAUCUUGUCCAAGUUCAUAGCAACAUUCAUAUUCACAUGACAUUUUGCAGAAUUAAGUACAAAGAAAGUGUUAAAUACAGAAGCUGGAAUAUUAUCUACUUUGUAAUAUCCCCAAAUAUCCCUAUCUGCAUAAAUAACCAAUUAUAUAUGUGUGUUAUUUUCAGUAUCAAAGCAGCAAUAUACCCACUGGUUGUUAAGUAUUGUUAAACAAAAAAAAAGGUGACUAAUAGUAUUAGACUAAUAUGUAAUUUUCUUUUCUUUUUGAUAACUGAUGAAAAAAUAAAGUUUUUUGGCAAAGGUU